AUGGCUCCUUCCUCUCCUCUUUGCUUCCUCCUUGACCGUAUACCCUUCCUUACUCAUCCUCCGUCCAUCUACCUCUCCUUCUCUUCCUUCCGUCUACCAACUAGCACACGGCGCUGUCGUGUCCAAGCCGUGACAACUCAUCCGCAACAUGCAAAGGAUCCCCCUUCCUUUGACACGUCUUUGGGGACGUGUCGUGGCCAUGAGCUGCCCCCAGGUAUAAUUUGCCUAUACAUGAUUUCUCACCCGCCGCCAGCUUGCAAUUUGCAUGACAACGGACCUAUGCGCCCAAAGUGGGUAAAGUCUACCCGCGCAACUCGGUGCAGGGGAAAAUAAAGACGAUGCGUCGCAGCAUCAUCCCGUCUGCUCUCGGCCGGCGUGGGGCGUGAGCGGGGCCUUGGGUGCUCGAUGCCAGAGGUGUCGGUCCAGAUCGUGACCAGUGUUGUUCCUGUCCACUACCACGACCUCCGCCGGACAACCUCCUAUUCUCACCACCACAAAGCUUGAUUGCCUCCCGCUAGCCAAGAGCCCGAAUCUUGCCAGCCUUUGGCACUCCUGUGCUUGUCGUUCAACUUGCCUGCUGUAGCCCUCGUGUCUAGUGCCACUGACACCAUUCCGGCGCCAGCUCUCGCUCCAGAUUGGCUUGCCCAUCCGAGGCGCUUCUCGCCUGCCCAGCCGCCGUCGCCCCCGACAUCAUCAUUAUCGUCGUUGGAUACGUGCCAUCGCAAUUUUCGAAUCACAAGUCGAAACCUACAGCCAUUGCAUCAACAAAACCACGCAUUUGCCAUGCCUCUUGGUAUUUUGCAUAGCCCCAAUUCCCAACCAACUUCAACCAAGGAACCUCAUCCGUAUCCAUACUUUUGCCGUUGCCCGCAUCCAAACAGGACUGGCAAGCGCGCGGGUCGUACUGUUUGAUUGAUGGCUUGAAUUAAUCAAUCGUUCAAAUUAUUAACCCGAUGCACAAUGACGCCCCGUCUCCAACCGCUUCCCUACCGAUUCCCGUGAUAUCAUGAUUCUUGAUUCUUCCCCGUACAACAUAAUCGCAAGCAUCAUGACAAUAAUCGUUACACAUCUGCUUGGCAGGGGGAGCGUGUACGCCCAACCGGCUUUUUGACCAUUUCGCCACCAAGCUCCAUCUCUGAGCAUCUAUUCCCCCCUCUGCCGUCUUCGGGUCUUGGUUUUUCUCGAUAUUACCGCCGUUGACCGUCCCAAUUGCACGAGAUCUGCGGUCGUUGUUUCGUCUCGUGCCACUCGCUUGCAUCCGUUUCAAAACCCAUCAAACCCCCUGAUCCCACAAGCCAUCACUCCCUUUCCGAUUCCGCUGAUUACACAUCUCCUCAUAAACAACUUCUUCGGCCGCUAUGGCGACCCGGUCCCGCAGAAGCCUCACCGAUGGUAGAUUAGACAUCCGUGCAGUACAGAACAGCCAAAUGCGCAACGCCGUGGUCGCGAGCUAGCCAGCCGCCAAUUGGCGCGCAACCCGAAACGCUACCUCUGUAACCCUUCCACUCCCAUCACACUACCGCGCCAUCGUCGCGCGACCGUACUCAUGUUUCUCGAGAUUCUGCAGAAGCAUGACAGUGAAAUACAACGUUACAAACACCACGUUGGUCUCGCGUUUUAAGCACGCAGCUAGCAGCUACCGGUUGUGUCACCGGCCCUUUCUGGACAGCCAACACAUCCGGACAUCAACUUCGCGUGAUUCAAUCUCUCUCGCACACUUCCGCAACUGCGUUCCUCAAACACUACUCAUCCCUAUUUCCCCGUGUCCAAUCAACCCCACGCGCCAAUGGAAACAAAAACAAAAACAAAAACAAAUUUCUCUUGCCGAAAAAACGUUUCCGCAAUUGACCCAAACUCCUCUCCCCUUGGUUCCCUGACACGAAGCAAAAGCAAAGCCAUCCCAUUUGAUAUCUAAAUCCGGAAUACCCUGUUAUGAGCAAUCGAGAUCCUUUUCAGCCCAAUAAUCUCUCUCGUACUCCUCGUUCAUGCGUGACAUAGGGGAGCAGAAAUGUCUCAGUUUCCCUUUUCCUGUUCCCGCCGCCACCGCCGCGUACCUGCAUAUGAUGAUAAGGCCGACCACAGCAACCUGCCGCAAAUAGAACGCUUUACCCAAAUCGUACUAUGUACCUGUCUAUCUUUAUAAGAGGUUGAUAGGAAAGGGGAUAGGUAGAUUAUGUAAACUCCACGUGUUUUCACAUAUGAAUAAGGCAUGCGGGGGAAAUCGGGAUGCCUGUGAUGAGUCUCUUGCGCUCCAGCUGUAUCAUUACGGUUGUGAAAGCAGAAGUCUAAGAAGUUGAGGAUGAUCUUCAAACAAUUGUUUCUACCUCAUGAUAAUGACUAACCCUCGGUGUAGCAAAGCAAACGAGGGGAACUCAACAACAAAGAUACAGCGAUUAAAAUCAAACCCAAGUGAACCAUGACAUUACCACUGCUUUCUUUCCCACCCUUCUUUUUCGUCACCAUCACAACUAUCAAUCAAUCCACUCAUAUUCAACCCCCUGAGCCCUUCCACCUCGCCGUCAUUCUCUCGUAAACAAAGCAAAAUCCGCGCACCAAAUAUCGCCACUAUCACCGUUUGCCCCCCUCCACUUCCCUGUUCGUCCGCCAAGCGCAAAUACAAAUACAUGUAAUGCGACAAGUAGGCAGUGCACUGUAGUGUAACGCCAACACAAGCACCGCAUACAUAUUCAUCCACAUCAUCAUCAUUCUCCACUAGAAGAAGAAGAAGAAAAACCUCGGUUAUAGCGAUCGCCUGAAACGGUCGACGAUUGUCGACGUAACCAGUGUGGCGUAUACAUCCUUCGCACCAGAAGAAAGACAAAUAUAAUAUCACAAAAAGUUGACAAUGACGACGACCAUCGCGUUCGCCCGAUAGAUGGGUCACGUGGAUGUCAUGUUUGGACGCUUUUUCUUGUUGAAGUGGGUGGCGAGGAUUGAGGCUGUGCCACUGCUUUCGCGCCCG